AUGGCAAACAUGUCCACACAGUUGAGUGAGGAUGACGGAGAAGAGCUGAAAAUGAGACUGGUGCAGGGGAGGGAGAGGGUGAGGGAGAGGGAGAGGAGGGGAGAGGGAGAGGGGGGGAGAGAGAGGGAGAGAAAGAGGGGGGGAGAGAGGGAAAGAGAAGAGAAAGAGGAGGAGGAGGAGGAGGAGGAGGAGGAGGAGGAGGAGGAGGAGGAGGAGGAGGAGGAGGAGGAGGAGGAGGAGGAGGACAGGGGGACAGGGGGACACACAAACAAACACUCUCACGUACAGCAAGAAAGACGCAGGAGAAGGGGCGGUUCAAAGGGAAUGGAUGAAACAAGGGGCAUCCGUUUAAUACCUUCAAAAUGA